CUUGUGUUGAACGCUCUGUGUGGUUUUAGGUUCUUUACAGUGUUGUUUUUAGUACAAAACGAAGUUUUCAUUGUUAGUGUGCAAGCUUAUUAUUUUUAAACGCCUAACAUAUUUUUUGUUGCUUUUUGUAGCGACUUUGUGAAACGUAAUUUACGUAUGGUCUUAUACAGUAAAGGUAUACAAGCAGACGAAGCACGGAAGCAGUAUAACUUGAUUAACACAGCAAGUCCGAUACCCACAGCAAGCCAUGUCCUCCCGGUGGAUGGGCGUUUUGCAGCAAAGGCAAGCAAGUUUGUCAAAGAGUGAUACUACAUGUCAGAAAUGUUUACAAAAAGGCCACUGGACUUAUGAAUGCAAGAAUCCACGUGCUUAUGUGCAUAGAACAUCUCGCACACAAGAAUUGAAUAAAGCUUUAAAAAGAAAAGCAGCAAACCAAGAGAACACAAUAAAAAGGAGGAAAAGAUCAUCUUCUGUAAGUAGCGACUCUUCUUCUGACAGCAGUUCCUCCUCAUCAAGUUCCUCUUCUUCUUCAUCAGGAUCAGGGUCAUCAGGAUCCUCAGAUUCCGAUUCCAGCUCAGGGUCAUCCAGUGAUGGAGGGGAUGACUCUUCUUCUUCUUCGGGAUCGUAAUUCUUGUUGUUUGCAAACACUUUUAUAUAAGCAAGAAGAUGGAUUCAUUUUAUAAAUGCAGGAGUGGCAGUAACAGUUACACUUUCAAAAUCUGCUAAAAAAAUCUCAUACCUUUGGGUGUAAUCAAAGACGUAUUCUAACAGGGGUUGGAGCCGGACCCCUUCUUUUUCUAAACAAAAAGGCACGGGGACCUACGAUUUAGGCCAGAGCUAUUCUCAAAAUGGUGAUGUCUUAUAGUCAGAUGUCAUCCAUCAUUUAAAUAUUUCAUUUAUUGGUCCAACAAAAUUUCUAAAUUUGAAGUAUUCUCAGGAUAUUUUCAUGUCAUUUUAGUUCUUAUAUUUUGAAACAUUGUUUAUGUCUUGCCCUCUGUGUUAAAUUUUACACUAAAUCAUAGAAUUGAGAAUUGCAUGAUGUGACUUAUCUGCUUUGCAUAUUUGUAUAUAUUUUUACAAAUUCUUGGCUUUGUAAUUUCAUUAUGAGACUUGAACCUACUUCUACUUAUGUCAUUGUUUUUAUUUUCUUGCUGCCGUAGUGCCAGUUUAAUAUGCAAAAUGCAAUGUGUUUAUGGCCAACCAACAUAUUGAACAAUUUUUACCCCAAUUUUUCUUCUAG